CAGCGCGGGGAGUAGUCUGGGACAUGUAGUCGGACCUGGAGUGCGCAUGCUCAGGGGCGCGCUGCCGCCCUUCCCGGAGCACUAAAGGGAGGAGGUUGGGAGUCCCUGCACCGCGAAACCUCAGGAGGGGGACUGAGAAGGGAUGGCGACUGCGGAUGGGAGAGAACUCUGGGAUUCCGGCUGCCCAGCUAGACCUUGAGCCCCCGCAGAGGUCCGGGCACUUUCUGCCGUGGGCCCUGUGCUGUCACGCGAGCUUGUCAAUCGCCACCCCUGCCACGGCGACCGGUCACUUAGGCGUCCUACAGCGGUGUUGCUCCCGGAACCUCCCCUACUUGCUCAGUCAGUGGCUGUCCCAAGUUUCUCCCAGGGUUUCGAGUUGACUUGGCACCCCGAGGCGCAGAGGGACAGACAGCGGCCUCAGAGACCUGAUCUGGUACUCCUGAUGAGACCCACAGUGCUGGGCUCCCCAGGCCGUGCACCCCGAGAAAAUGAGACCGUUGUGGUGAAGCUGGAGGACUCUGAGGAGGAGAGAGAAGGCACUCCGUGGGACCCGGGCCCUGAGGCUGCACGUCUACGCUUCCGCUGUUUCCGAUACGAGGAGGCACUUGGUCCUCAGGAAGCCCUGGCCCAGCUCCGAGAGCUGUGUCACCAGUGGCUACGCCCAGAGGUACACUCCAAGGAACAGAUGCUGGAUCUCUUGGUGCUGGAACAGUUUCUAGGUGCGCUGCCUCCUGAAAUCCAGGCCCGUGUGCAAGGGCGGUGGCCAGGCAGCCCUGAGGAGGCUGCUGCCUUGGUUGACAGGCUUCGAUGGGAUCUGGAUGGACCUCGGAAAUGGGUCACAGUCCAGGUACAGGGAAAGGAGGUUCUAUCAGAAAAGAUGGAACCCUCCAGAUUCCAGCCUGUACCUCACAUCAAGCUUCAGACUCCAGAGCCUGGGGCUGCAACUCCCCCUGGGGCUAUGCAGGACUUGCCGCCAGUGGAGCUUCCAAUGAAAGAGGAGACAGAGGUGUUGGAGAGUCCAGAGCUUCUGGAGUCUGGGCCUCUUCCUGCUGCCCAAGAGGCUGCAGCUGCUCUCCUACCUAAGGAGGCCCAGGACCAUGCGACGGCACUGGACCAGACCUCUCCUCACAGCGAGACUGAGCCUGAUGUGCCCCCGUGGAGUGAGGACCCCGUGACCCUGUGGCAUGAGGAAGUAGGGGGCAUCUUCUCACCAGGGUUGGCGCUGCAGAUGGACAUCAUCACCGCAGAGCCGGAUACGGUGAGCCCUCGUCUCCAUGUUCCCUGGGAUCCCGACAUGGCUAGCCUCUCUGGACAGAUGCAAUCACCCUCCCGAGAAAGUGGCUUCGCCCAUGCCCUCCUACUCCCCAGCGACCCAGGAGGUGAACAGGACCCUGCCUGCAAGGAUCCCUGCCCCAGUGUGAGUCCAGCACUGGUGGCCACUCGCUGGCAUGCCCCAAAGGGCAGGAGCCGGGGCCGCCCUAGUACCGGGACCGGAUCGAUGCGAGGCGGCCGCUGCGACGUGUGUGGCAAGGUGUUCAGCCAGCGAAGCAAUCUGCUGCGGCACCACAAGAUCCACACCGGCGAGCGACCGUUCGUGUGUGGCGAGUGCGGCCGCAGCUUCAGUCGCAGCUCUCACCUGCUGCGCCACCAGCUCACGCAUACGGAGGAACGGCCCUUCGUGUGCCUCGACUGCGGCCAGGGCUUCGUGCGCAGCGCGCGCCUGGAGGAGCACCGGCGGGUGCACACGGGGGAGCAGCCAUUCCGCUGUGCGGAGUGUGGCCAGAGCUUUCGGCAGCGCUCCAACCUCCUGCAGCACCAGCGCAUCCACGGGGACCCGCCCGGCCCGUCCCCGCCCGCCCCGGUCCACCCGGGAGUCCCCGAGCCCCCGGGCCCCUUCCCGUGCAGCGAAUGCUGUGAGAGCUUCCCACGACGCGCCGUGCUGCUGGAGCACCAGGCGGUGCACACCGGGGACAAGUGCUUCGGGUGCGUGGAGUGCGGCGAGCGCUUCGGCCGCCGCUCGGUGCUGCUGCAGCACCGACGCGUGCACAGCGGCGAGCGGCCCUACGCCUGUGCUGAGUGCGGCCAGAGCUUCCGGCAGCGCUCCAACCUCACCCAGCACCGGCGCAUCCACACCGGCGAGCGGCCCUUCGCCUGCGCCGAGUGCGGCAAAGCCUUCCGCCAGCGGCCCACGCUCACGCAGCACCUGCGUGUGCACACCGGCGAGAAGCCCUUCGCCUGCCCCGAGUGCGGCCAGCGCUUCAGCCAGCGGCUCAAGCUCACGCGCCACCAGAGGACCCACACCGGCGAGAAACCCUACCACUGCGGUGAGUGCGGCCUCGGCUUCACGCAGGUGGCCCGGCUCACCGAGCACCGGCGCAUCCACACCGGCGAGCGGCCCUUUGCUUGCCCCGACUGCGGCCAGAGCUUCCGGCAGCAUGCCAACCUCACCCAGCACCGGCGCAUCCACACCGGCGAGCGGCCCUACGCCUGCCCAGAGUGUGGCAAAGCCUUCCGCCAGCGGCCCACACUCACGCAGCACCUGCGCACCCAUCGGCGCGAGAAGCCCUUCGCCUGCCAGGACUGCGGUCGCCGCUUCCACCAGAGCACUAAGCUCAUUCAGCACCAGCGCGUGCACAGCACUGAAUAGGUCAAAGGUGGUUGUGAGGCUGCCAUCGCCCAAAGGGCCCGCCUGGGGCCUGGUCUUCCAUAGGUGCUCAAUAAAUGGUAGAUGAUG